AUGGCUUACGAGUUACGAGUGAUUCGGUUUUACAUGGCCUUGCCUAACGAGUAUCAGCUACCGACGAUUGUGCCCGCUUAUACAACUGCAGCAAGCUUAUCAGAUUCGUGGUUGACACUUGAAACUUGCGUACGACGACAGGAAGGCAGUGUCCGGAAGUCGGCAAGUUCAAAUAUCCGAGCCGGACUGCUUGGCGAAUGUGCCUCCUUCCUCGGUGCCAUGCCACUCACCUUAGCGGAAGAGUCUCAUCCUUUAGUCACAUCACUACCAGUCCUCAUUGAUUUACUAAUGCCAGAAGAGAACUGGGCCGCGCACGGCGGCGUGCAAGCGUGUGAUUUAUGCCACGCCAGAAAGGUCAAAUGUGAUCGUAAAGAUCCCUGUUCUAAUUGCAUUACCUCGAAGAGUCAGUGUCUCCGCAAUAGGCACAAACGAACUCCCCGUCCCAAGGUUCGGACUGAUGAUAAAAUACAAGCUCUUGUACAAAGACUGUCCAGUCUUGAGAAUUCCGUUCAUGUCACACAAGAUACCCCCAGGCCCUCGUUAAGCAUCUCGGAGGAAGCUUCGCCAGACCAGCAUGCGUCUUCUGAACGGCCCUUGAAGCGAAAGCGCACAAGCAGUGCAGUCAAUACUGUUCCUGCAGCCACUCCGGAAGUCGACACAGCCCAGCAGCCGACGAACGAAGCGCGUAAUCUGAUUCAAAAAGAGCUCUCGACGAACAGCCGGUUCUCUGUGCACCAGCGCUCAGUGCUUGAGACGGCGAUAUCUUUUGUCGAUCAUCUGUCAAACGCGCCAGUACCGACCAUGAAGGAUCGCAGUACUUUCGAUAAGUCGAUGUACGCACCGACUGAACUUACCCAGGGGGAGAUCCUUCACGUCAUUCUGGGUACUGAGACCAAGAACAUGGACCCAACAACAAUACACUUCCACGUUCUAGAUCAUCUUCCAUCAAAAGCAGUCGAGAGGAUUGCGCUUGCUUUGAUGGAAGGCACAGCGGACGAGAAGACCGAAACGCUGUACAAAGUUAUUAUUCACUUCAAGUUCGCUGUGGUGCUUUACGCCAGUCAGCUACAAGGACCGAAGAGCCCGGCAGUACAAAAACACAUUCGACAGUUAGAGUACAACCAUCUUAGUGCAGCACUUACAGCUCUGGAUCACGUCAGUUUCAUGACGACACCAUCUCUACUCCUUGUCCAGGCCUUGAUUACAGGAGCCAUGAUGAUGCAAAUUGUAGGAAAUCCUGCAAGCUGUUGGGAGCUUACAGCUCAUGCCUCUCGAACUCUGGUCGCGCUCGGUUACCAUACAAUUACGAGCAACGAGGCAAAAGACGAAUAUGAUGAAGAGAUACAAACCGCUGUGGCUUGGUGCGCUCAGAUCGACAGUUGUAUGAGCUUGCUACUGCUACGGCCGAGGUCCCUGCCUCCGAUGAACGUCAAGAUAUCGUCAUUGAUCAGAGCCAACCCUCUGAACCAGAUGAGCGUCUUCGAAGUUAUAGCAAUGGAGAUGACCCCUAUACAUGACAAAAUUCUGGAUUUGACGCUGGCCCCUGCGUCGAAGAGGCCUGGCGUACCGCUCAAACAGGAAGUCGCGUGGCUGCGGAAGCAGAUGUCCGAAAUCUAUAGUCUGAUGCAAAGGGACUGUCCAACAGCACUCUUGGAUUCUGUCAUGGAUAUAUUGCUACACUGGAAAUGCCUCGAAUUCAAAUACUUCUCGACUCUGACAUCGGUCCAUCGUCUUAGUCCAACAGUCACUACCGAGCCAUCAGAACGGGAAGAAUGUCUUCAGAGUGCGCGCAAGGCACUUGAAUGUGUCAAGGUCAUCGAGACCACAUCGAAGAGUCUUGGCCACUUCAUCGAGGGUUAUGAUCCUUAUCUGGCUUGGACUAUGUUGUCAUAUCCACUGUGCCCGUUCUUUGUGGUCUUCUGCAACGUGGUAGGUACUUCCAAUGAGCGCGAUUUUCAGCUGCUGCAAGCUGUCACAGAUGGUAUAUCAGCCCUUGUCACUGAGAACAAGUACGUCAACCGGCUACAUCGAUUGUGUGCCACCCUUUUGAGUCUCUGCACACCACUCGUAAAAACGUCUGGCUCGCAAGACCGCAGCAAUACGAAUGCUGCAGUGCCAGGUUUCUCUGCUCACUCUUGGACAAAUGCUUCAACGCUCUCGAGCAUGAGUGACAUGCCGGAUAUACUUGGUGUUGCACCCAGUACUGGUGGCAAUACUGAUGGCUUUUUGCCUUCGACGUGGAACGACGACAUGAUGUGGCAAUUGUUUCAGUCUCAACCUUCGCUUGAUUGGUUCAAUGCAGAUAUCCUGGAUCCGACAUGGGACAUUAGUUUACCAAAAUGA